CCGCGCUGCAACAAGCGCUUCAACCGGCCGAGCAGCCUGAAUAUUUGCGUCAACACCCACACCGGCGCAAAGGCGUUUGUGUGCAGCUAUCCGGGGUGCAACCGCACUAGCUUCAACGUCAACUCGAACAUGUGUCGGUACUAUCGGAACCAC